AUGCUGUUAAUACAAACGACCGAGCGAGCGAGACAAAAUCAUGCACAUAUUUAUAGUUUGAAUCACAAAGAAGGUUCAAUACGAUUUCCAAUGACGAAUGCUUCAGAUUCUUUUUAUUAUUAUUUCGAGACCAUCGCAGUUGCGAAUCGUUGUACCGAAAAAUGUAAACGAAGUGAGCGUAACGUAGAAUCUCGCGCUACAUUUACAUUGAAUACUAGAUAUUGCCAUGGUCAUCAUAAAGAACAAGUGAUUUCAUCAUUAACUUUACAAGCCAACUCUUUACUGCCGAUUGAUGCGGGGGAUGUUGAAUAA